CAAAUAGUAUCCCAUAUUAGGAUCAAUUUGCCACACAUAGUAAUCCAUCUGUCACCUUUUUCCCUCAAUGCUCUAAUUUUGGUCACUCUUUCCAUCCUUGGUGGUCUCUUUCUCUCUCUCUGCAAAAUCCUAAUCCCUUCCAACAUCAAAAUAGUUGUUGUUUCUGUUUGUGUUUUUUUUUUAAUAUAUAUAUAUAUAUUUAUUUUUUUUGUGUGCUGCAUAUAAAUUAAGAACCCUCUUUUGGGAGGUGUCCUUCUUUUUCAUGCCCAUCUUUCCCCUAAUGCUGGUGGUGGGUUCAGUUUUUUGGUGAGGAAGGAUAAUAAAGAAGGAAGCUUUUUUUUGUGUGAGAGAAGGAAGAGGAGAAAAGAAGGCAUGGGGAGAGGGAAGAUUGAGAUUAAGAAGAUUGAGAAUUUGAACAGCAGACAAGUUACCUUCUCCAAGAGGAGAAAUGGGUUGUUGAAGAAGGCCAAAGAGUUGUCUGUUCUCUGUGAUGCAGAGGUUGCUGUCAUCAUAUUCUCCAGCACUGGCAAGCUUUAUGAGUUCUCAAACACAAGCAUGGAGCAUACCCUUUCGAGGUACAGUAAAGGCGCAGAAUCAGAUUCUGCAGAGCAACCUAUUGAUGUGCCCCCAACAGAUGUUAUGGCUGUGGAGCCUGAUACUAACCUUUUGAUGGAGGAAAUAACAAAGCUUCGAUCAGCAUACUUAAGGAUGAUGGGUAAGGAGCUUGAUGGAUUGAGCCUUAAAGAACUGCAACAACUAGAAAAUCAACUAAGUGAAGGGAUGCAAUCUGUCAAAGACAAGAAGGAACAAGUACUUGUGGAACAGCUUAGGAAGUCCAGGAUACAGGAGCAAAAGGCCAUGCUGGAAAAUGAAGUUCUGCGCAAACAGCUUGAGGAAAUACAAAAUAAAACAAAGUCACAGUUCCUUGAAUUCAGCUCUUUGGAUAGGACAUUUUCCAAGAAUGGUUCAAAAUCCCUUUUCAAUUGUGCUUCAGAGGAAAAUGACCUUUCAGAUACUUCCUUGCAGUUAGGGUUGUCAACAGAUUAUGGUCGCCAGAGGAAAGCAUUGAAGAUGGAACCUUGCAACGACUCAGGGAGUCAAGUGGCUUCACAUUGACAUUUUAGUACUGAAAGCUUACCUUUAGAACAUGGGAAACAUGGCCUAGUUCUUUAUCUGGUCACAUUAAGUUUAGCUUAUAGAAAUAGUUUAGGCUAAAUUUAAUAAAUUUAUAUUUAGUUCACAAAUUUUUGGCUUUCACCAGCGUUUGAUUGCUAAAUUAGGUGUAAGUUUACAUGCUAAAUGACUCACCCUAUUGAAAUACUUUAGUCAUUUAGUUCAACCAAACGGUUUUCAGGUUAUUAAGAUGGUUGAUUAGAUAAAAA